CAGGUUCCCGACUUGAGGAGUGGUGCGAUGAAGCUAUCGUGGCUUCGUCAGACAUUUCAGGGCGACAUACCAGAGGAUGCCUCUGAUGAGACGCUCCAGUUUCAUGCUCGUGCAUACAUAUUGCACAUGAUAGGGUGCGUACUAUUUCCUGAUGCGAGCAAGACUCUCGUACAUGCACGAUGGCUGCCACUGCUGGAGGAUUUUGGUGUAUGCGGCGCACUAUCGUGGGGCAGUGCGGUGUUGGCAUAUUUGUAUCGAGAAUUGAGUAGAGUAUCUCUGAUGCAGAAUAAAGAAUUCAAGGGAUGCUGUACGUUGAUACAGAUUUGGUCAUGGGAGCGCAUUCAUAUUGGACGACCCACUUUACUUAUGCACCGUGACUUAGAGGGGCAGUAUCCGUUGGCAUACAGGUAUAACGUGCGAUACGCUCAGUACAAAUCAGCGACGCGUCACCGUCACUGA